CCUCAGCCUCUGGCCCUGGAACCGCCUAUGGCAGGCAACCACCCGAUGUGACCCGCCGCCGAACAACGGCUAAGUGUCUGUUCGCGGGGCUUUGUGGCGCGAAGGUGAAGGUGUGAGUGCUUGAGCGGGGCAGGGGCUGAAGAGUUGCCGCCGAAAAGGUGAUCAUCUAAUUAUCCACUCUGCGUUUCCGGUGAAAUUCAGGAAAAGCAAUAGGAAUAGUGUGGUGGUGUCAGUGCGUGCUCAGUGAUGAGGCAGUGAUGAAAAGCCAGGAUGAUGACAGCAAGCACGACCCCCGAAAAGCGCGCGACGUGAACGGACCUGAUCGGAGCGUGGCGACCACCUGCGCUGCGGCAGUGUGCGGCGGCGGCGUUGGCUGCAUCGGCGGCGGCGGCGUCGUGCGAUGGCGCUCAACCUGCUGAACAAGGAGCGCGCCAACAACGUCCCCAAAUCCAAGAAGGACAGGUGGCCCUUCUGGUUCUUCUUCACGCGCAGGAAGAAGCGGACGCCGGAGAAGGCGGGUGGGCUGUUUCAUAAGAGUAAAGGGGUGGGGCGGAUGGCGGCGACAGAGGGCCAGAUACGCUUUAGUGGCCACACCCUCGACAAGGCUACGAAGGCCAAGGUCACACUCGAGAAUUAUUACUCCAACCUCAUUGCACAGCAUCUCGAGAGAAAACAGAGACAUGAUAAACUGGAAGAGACGAUGAAGGAGGAAGGCCUCUCGGAGGACCAGAAGCAGGAGAAGAGGCAGCAGCAUGCACAAAAGGAGACGGAAUUCCUUCGGCUCAAGAGGUCCCGGCUGGGGGUCGAGGACUUCGAGGCGCUGAAGGUCAUUGGGAGAGGAGCCUUUGGGGAGGUACGAUUGGUGCAGAAAAAAGAUACUGGCCACGUCUAUGCCAUGAAGAUUCUACGAAAAGCGGAUAUGUUAGAAAAAGAGCAGGUUGCCCAUGUAAGAGCUGAGCGAGAUGUCUUAGUAGAGGCUGACCACCAGUGGGUCGUCAAGAUGUUUUAUUCGUUUCAAGAUCCGGUCAAUCUUUAUCUUGUCAUGGAGUUCCUUCCAGGCGGUGAUAUGAUGACCCUCCUAAUGAAAAAGGACACGUUAUCAGAGGAGUGUACACAGUUCUAUAUAGCAGAAACUGCGCUUGCUAUAGACUCCAUUCAUAAACUAGGCUUUAUUCAUAGAGAUAUCAAACCUGACAAUCUCUUAUUAGAUGCCAGAGGACAUAUAAAGCUAUCUGAUUUUGGUUUAUGCACAGGGCUGAAAAAGUCCCAUCGUACAGAAUUUUAUAAAGAUCUCAGCCAAGCCAAACCAUCAGAUUUUACAACCUACUCCAAUGUUCCAGCCUCCAAUCCUAUGGAUUCAAAACGGCGGGCGGAGAGCUGGAAGAAAAACCGAAGGGCUCUUGCCUACUCAACUGUGGGAACCCCAGACUACAUUGCACCAGAAGUGUUCAUGCAGACUGGCUAUGGGCCGAGCUGUGACUGGUGGAGCCUUGGCGUUAUAAUGUAUGAGAUGCUUAUAGGUUACCCACCGUUUUGUAGUGAAAACCCCCAAGAAACCUACAGGAAAGUGAUGAGUUGGCGGGAAACCUUGGUGUUCCCCCCUGAGGUUCCUAUCUCAGAGCAGGCACGAGAAACAAUCACACGAUUAUGCUGUGAGAGUGAGCGGAGGGCAGGAUCUCAACACGGGAUCGAAGACCUCAAAAGCAUGAAGUUCUUCCAGUUUGUGGAUUGGGAACACUCAAGGGAGCGGCCUUCUGCCAUCGCAGUUGAAGUCAAAUCUAUUGAUGACACGAGCAACUUUGAUGAAUUCCCGGGAGUUGACCUGAAGCUUCGGGCUUCACUAAGUCUGGAACUAGGAAGCCAACAUCACAAAUCUACACCACCGCCAGCUAAGGAGGGGGAGGGAGGCUACAAGGACUGGGUCUUCAUUAACUACACUUACAAAAGAUUUGAAGGCCUAACGCAGAGAGGCUUAGUGCGCCCCAGCAAGCAGAAAUAAAGUGCCGACCAGCUAGGAAGUACAUUCAUUCAUCGGCAAGCAAAUCUUAAGAGGAAUAGAACCUAAGGCAAAGGCUAUUAUUAAUAAUCAUGAAGGUUUGUGAAAACAGACAUUUUGGCCUGGUAAUGCGACAACAGAAUCAAGUGAUGAUCAAUAUACCACUGGAAUACAACAUUUUGUCAAAAAGAGUUUUGUGACUUUCUUUCUUUCUGUUGAAUACAAAAUUGCAGCUGUUCUUGGUGUAUUUUGAUCUGACAGACUACAAGACAGCUGUUUGUUCUGUCAUAGUGUUAUAUUUAACCUGGAAAAACACAGCUGUUUGUUGUGGAUUAAAUGUGACACAUGGAAAUCAUAAAUCUUUGCUGACUGAUGGCUUUAAUGUGAUCUUUUAUGUAAGCCACUGUUAUUUUUACUCGUUUUUCUUUGUGAAUUUGAUAUGAUUUUUAACUGAAGGAAAAGAGUAAAGUGAGAAAUUGGAUAUUUGAUCAAGAAAGGAUAGUUGGGAGACAAGAACUGAGAUGGAAAGAAGGGUUAGAGUGUAUCGAGUGCCAUGAGUUAGUGAGGGCCAGCUGGAAGGAAGGAAGGAAAGAGAGAGAGAGAGAGAGAAAGGAAGAGGAAAAAUGCACGGAAGAAAAUUUAAAAGUUCAAAUAAUAAUAACCCAGCUUUUUGUCUCAAGUAUUCCACUUUAUUAUCUUACCUUUUCCUCUUUUUUUUUUCUUUGUUGUCUUAGAAGUUUCAAGAAAAGGUUAAAGGAACAAGACAUCUUUUUCCCUCCAAGCUGUGUGGAUAUCUCACCUCGAGCACAAAAUAUAACUAUCUCACAUCACACUUGAAAGACAGGAGUGGAAAUGAUAAUGAUAAUUAAACUGCUUUAGGCUUAUGUCUCUCUCUCUUUCUGUGUGUAGAAUGGAGGUGAUUUAUUAUUUUUUUAUGCAUUAUUAUAACAUUGUUUUGUUUUAUUCAUGUAUUUUUUCCUGUUUAAGAUACCCAUGGAAAUUACUUUAUGUAUCCUUUUUGCCGGUGUGUGAUUGAAGUGUUCAGUUCAUUCAUCAGUGUAUACAUAAUAUGGUUUUAUUGUGAUUUUAGCCAGGCCUUACAGCUGAAGAAAGACUGUGAUACAUUACCAGCAAAACAGUGAUCAAUAUCCCUUUUCAGUGAUAUAUUUUUAGUUUGACACUAUUUUUUUUUUU